CUUCUUCUUCUUUAUCACUCCCCAAAGCCUUCUCAUGGAGUUCUAUGCUUUCAUCUCCCUUCUUAUAAUUCUACUACUAUCUCUCCCACUCUUUAAAGGAUUCUUCCUUGGAUCGUUUACAGAAAGCAAGAAGAAGCGUUACUAUCCCAUAUCCAGCAGUGUAUUCCAUCAGUUAUAUAAUUUUGGGAGGCUGCACCAUUACCUGACAGACCUUGCUCACAGGUAUAAAAGCUUCAGGGUCAUAGCCAUCGGCCACAGCGAGAUCUACACCACCGACCCCACCAACGUCGAAUACAUACUCAAAACCAACUUCAGCAACUAUGCCAAGGGAACACAUCACUAUGAUAUACUGAGUGGCCUCUUAGGCGAUGGGAUUUUCGCAGUUGAUGGCGAAAAAUGGCGCCAUCAAAGGAAGAUAGCCAGCUAUGAAUUCUCCACCAAAGUCUUGAGGGAUUUCAGUAGCCUUGUCUUUCGAAGCAAUGCUGCGAAGCAUGCUCAUGUUGUUUUCGAUGCCGCAACCUCCAAUCAAACAAUGGAUAUCCAAGAUUUGUUCAUGAAAUCGACGCUGGAUUCAAUAUUCGAGGUUGGGUUUGGCACUGAAUUGAAUAGUCUAUGUGGCUCUAGCGAAGAAGCGAGUCGAUUUGCUGAGGCAUUUGAUGAUUCGAGUGAGCUGAUAUUUAGGCGAUACGUUGAUCCAUUCUGGAAGCUCAAGAAGCGCUUCAAUAUUGGAUCAGAAGCAGUGCUUAAUAAGAAAAGGAAAGUGAUCGACGAAUUUGUUUAUAAGCUGAUUAAUAGUAAGAAGAAGCAACUUUCUGGAGGACAAGACUUGAAAUGGCAGAUGAAGAAGGAAGACAUCUUGUCAAGGUUUCUAGUACUGAGUCAUGAGGACCCUGAAAACAUAACCGAUCGCUACUUGAGAGACAUAAUCCUGAAUUUCAUAAUCGCGGGCAAAGACACAACGGCUCUCACCCUCUCAUGGUUCUUUUACAUGCUUUGUAAGUACCCUGCCAUACAGGAAAAGAUCGCUUGGGAAGUGGAAGAAGCAACACAGGCAAAAGAUACAGUAUCCAUUGAUGAAUUCACCACAAGGGUCACAGAAGAAGCACUCGGCAAAAUGCACUAUCUCCAUGCCGCUCUAACUGAGACUCUCAGACUCUAUCCUCCAGUUCCAGUGGAUGGGAAGUUCUGUCUAUCAGAUGACACCUUACCGGACGGAUUCGACAUUAAAAGGGGAGACUUGGUUGCAUACGUGCCUUAUGCCAUGGGCAGGAUGAAGUUCAUAUGGAGUGAGGAUGCAGAGGUUUUCCGGCCAGAAAGAUGGAUCGACGAUGAUGGUAUUUUCCAGCCCGAAAGCUCUUUCAAAUUCACAGCUUUCCAGGCAGGACCCCGCAUUUGUUUGGGGAAGGAAUUCGCGUAUAGACAGAUGAAGAUCUUCGCAGCAGUCCUGCUCCGUUUCUUCAGGUUCAAGCUCAAUGACGAGAAGAAGGUUGUCAAAUACAGAACCAUGCUAACUCUCCACAUCGACCAAGGCCUUUACGUUCGAGCCUAUCACGCAUGAUGGCCCUCAUGCAGAGAUAGUAGGAUGGCCAGAGUCUUCCAUCUUCUGGAUACUAAAUGGGCCGCUUUAGUAGAUUAUAUGUAUGGGUAAAACGUCGAAUUUCAUGGUAGUCUAGAUUUUAUCAAUGUUAAGCAGAAGGUAUGUAAAAGGUUCAGUAAUAAACACAGUUUACUGUUUCAUUUUAUGCAAAAAUAUCUUCUUCUUUUUUA